AUUUAUGAGUUAAGUUUGUGACAUCAACCAAUCAAAAUUGUUUCUGAAAAUUUGAAAAUGUUGAUGAUUUUCUCAGAAAAUAAUCAUUUACUGAGCUUCAUAAUACGUUGUGUUCAUACUUGACAAGGGCCUUUUAAAAAUUGAAUACGCUUUCUCACAAAAAUAUUAAUGAAAUGCAGGAUUCUUGAAUGGAAACUUAACUUGUCAGUCAAGUCAAUCAUAACAUAACCUCAUAAUAAUCAUAAACGUCAAACAAAAGUUGUAUUUUUCAACAUUUCAAUAAUUUAUUAAUCAAUGAAUUUUGACUAUUAAUAAUCCUCAUUAGGCUAUUUAAAACAACAUUUGAUUUUAAUCAGCAAGUCAAUCAAAAAAUUCUAAUUUUCCUAAUAAUUAAUUACGUAAACCGUGUUUUAAAAAAUGUAAACAUAACAUAAUCAAAUGGAGGGGUGUGAGGUGUGAGGGUGAUUCUAUUAUACAAAACCAGAUGUAAAUUUUUCAAUAAAAUUUGUUUAAAAAAUGGCAAAAAGUUUAAGAAAUUGCCGGCUGUGCCUUGCAAAAAUCCAGGACACCAACUUUACCUAUCUGGAUGGUAUUAUCAAAGACAUGCUGGAGAUUAUUUUACCUGAAUUGAAUUUUACAAUAUGUGAUUCAUCAUCGAUAUGUAAUAAUUGCUUGGAAACAUUAAAGCAAUCUUAUAAUUUUAAAUCGACUUGUUUGGAAGUGGAAGACAGGGUGCAGGAUUUUGUAGAUCCAAAAAAGUUGAAUUGUGUAGAUCUGAAAGAGGUAAUCAAGAAAUCAAAGGAUAUCAAACCCAUUUCCUUAGCUACAAUGAUUGUAUGUAGGAUAUGCUUAAGUUUAGGAGAAGAAUCGAGUAAUACCAAGUUGUGCAGCUAUGAGGGGGAUCCUUUACAGAACAUGGUUGAAAAAUGCCUUCCAGAAAUGGAUUUGACUAUUAGUGUUGACCCGAGCAUAUGUCAAACAUGCCUGGAACAGCUCGAAGAACAUUUCCACUUCAUAAUGCAGUGCCUCGACACGGAAGCGAAAAUCAGUUUUUAUUCUGUAAAAGAGGCAAUUUUCCACAAUGUCGAUCUGAGUAAAAUCACACCCUUUUACGCUAGCAUGGAAAAAAUCCAAUUGGAAGAAUCGUCUGUAGUAGAGAAACCGGCAACAAACGGAUUAGUGAAAAAGAAGCAAGAAGAUAUUAAAGAUAUAGUGGACCAUCAUUUAUUUAAUAAUGGGGUAAAAGAGGAAGUGAGUUUUACGGUGAAAAAAGACGAAAACGGUGAAGAUGUGAUUAUGUCAAGGACCACUGUGCUUGAAGAAGACAGCGACAGCGAUGUUUCUGUGGCUUGUGAUGAUGACUUGUUAAUUUUGAAAACCGAGGCUCGAAGGCGGCGACAAUCCAUUGAAGCUAAAUCGGCCAAGAAAAAAGAGACAGGGUGUACUUAUAAGGAAGAUCCUGGAGAAGAUAGUGAUGUAGAUUGGGAGAAAAAACGAGGUCGUUUGCGUAGAUGCAAAAUAUGCAAAUUCAAAACCAAAUUCGCGAGCCGUAUAAAAGCGCACAUGACCAGAAACCACAAGGUCAAAAGCGACAUUGAACCCACGCCCCCUACCGGCCCUACCAAGGAGGAAAUCAAAACGUUCAAGUGCCGUUUGUGCACCUUCCAAACCUUAGACCAAACCGAGCACAACAAUCAUAAAAAGGUGCAUCAGAAGGAACGCGAAAAACAAUGUCCACAUUGUACCAUGACAUUUGUCAGGCCUGAUUUCAUGAGAAAACAUUUGGAUGCUUGUUAUAUUAAAAAGUUUGGUCCCAAAAGAUCGUUGCCAGUUGUUGUUGAAAAUAGGCCUCAAACACCCAAAAGAAAGUUGUUAAAAAAAGAGUUUGUGUCCCCCAAUGUUACCAUGUCCAAACCCAACAGGCGUAACACUAUAAGCAUCAACGGCAAAAUGCUAAAGAUGUUCAAAUGUCAAUUAUGUCCCUAUCAAACAAGGCUGAAAAGCAACCGCGAGCGGCACGCUUUGACGCACAAGAAAAGCACCGAAAUGAAGGUGCAUAAGUGUAAAAUUUGUCAAUUCGAGACGAUCCAAAAGGAAAACUAUUUGGCUCACAUGCAAGGCCACGAGAUUGACUCUGAAAAGGUGAUGAGGUGUUUUUUGUGCUCUUACCAGCCCACAUCUAAGGAGUCUUUGAGCUUACAUGUUGCCAAAGUGCACAAGAGCACCGGCUGACAGAACAUUAUUGUGUAAAUAUUUUAAUCGACUGAUUUUGUUUUGUUACUAAUUUUUAGAUUUAGUGAGUGUUUCUUCAACAGGCCCUUUGUUGGAGCUGAAUUAAUGUUUACAUGUACAUUUAUUGUAUAAAUUUUAUAAAAGAUGUAUUGUAUUAUAAUAAUAAUUGUAAUUUAGAGACAAAUAAAAUACAUAUUAUAAGCUCUGUUCCAAUAGACAUGAGAACCGUUCUAGAACUGUAAUUUCCAGUUGCCCACCUAUUUUUCAAUAAGACAAAUGAAUUGUUCGACUGGAAAUUACACAGUUCUCAUGUUGGUUGGAACAAAGUUAUUGUAUUUUUCCAGAUUUUAAUCUGUUAAGUUGUACAACAUGUCUUUCACUUCUACAUAAUGAUAUUUUGUAUUAUUUUUUUUUCUUAGCUCUAUGAAUGACGGUUAUUUAGGGUUGCCUCAAGUGUUGGAUAUCCGCCUAGGCAACCGUGAUAACUGUCUAUUUCAUUGUAUUUUUUUAGCAGCGACAACAUUAUUAUUGCUGCUGAAAAUCUGUUGGAAAUGUUAAUUUUAAUACCUACACAAUAAACGAUUUAUGUUAAAUUUU